GACCAAUUUCUGUUUCUUCCUUAAAAAAAUUUUGAUACUUUUUUUUCAGUACCAGAAAAAUUUAUCAAAGCUAUUGGUCGUCAGACUUAACUGUCAACUUAACUAUACACUUAGAAGAUAUUGGCGAUGUUCAGUUGUACUAGGUCGUCCAUAAUAAGGCCCAUUGUCAGCCAAAAUGGUGUCUGUAUACGUUCAUUUUCAUCAUCCCUUAUAAAUCUUAAGCCUAAGGCUACAUCAGACCCUAAGAAGAAAUUAAAGAGAGAACAAAAAGUGAAAGCAUUAAAUAAGCAAGACCCAGAAUCACACCCAUUAUAUAUGACUAUUCCUAAUGCUAUGAGAUAUUUACGUGCAGCAGAAGUUGGUCAACCAGCUAAAAAGACGACUGUCUCUAUUUUAAUGACAGUUUUACCAGAUAAAGGUUCUACACCAUUAAGUGGAUCAGUAUAUUUACCAAAGCCAAUCAAAGAUAAUCAUGUAAUGGUAUUCAGUUUACAACCAGAAAUCGUGGAAAAGGCUAAAGAAAUGGGUGCCACUUAUGCUGGAGGUUUAGAUUUGAUUGAAGAAAUUCAAAAUGGUAAUGUUAAAUUAGAUCAAUUAACUCAUGCAUUUGCAACUCCAGAUGUUGUUAAAGAUUUAAAACCAAUAGCAAGACAAAUCGGUCCAAAAGGGUUAAUGCCAACCCCAAAGAGAGGUACGGUAUCAGAAGACAUUGAGACUUUAAUGAGACAAAGUGUAGGUGCUUUACCAUUUAAACAAAAGGAACAGCAUUUAUCUAUUCCAAUUGGUAGAUGUGAUUUCAGUGAUGAAGAAAUCAUAAGUAACUUAAAAGCUGCAUCUGAAGCCAUCUAUGCUAGUCAACCACCUGGUACAAGAAAACCAAAUAUCAUUGGUCGUACUUUCAUGAGUUCAACCUUAGGUCCAUCUGUAAUUAUAAACUUCAAAUCAUAAGUAUAAUAAUCAUCUUGUAUAUAUAUAUAACUCUAUAGUUAAAAAUAAAAUUUCUUAGAGACAAAUUAACAUCGUUACCGCUGUAGACCCAUAC